UUAUUUUUCCAUCAUGUGUAUCGAAGGAAAAACAUGAUCCUUCUGAUAUUUUCUUCAGUUGAACAAAACAACAAAUAUGUUUGAAUCUAGCUUGAAAAAAGGAAUGGUGUCAUCAACCCUUCUGAGUGUUAUAACAUUGUAUCUUCAUCUAACAGACGCAUUAGAUUAUACACGUCAUUUGUGUCGAUACCAUUACCAUUAUACGGCUGUAUCAUGGGCAUCAGCUCGAGAAAUAUGUGAAAGGACCAACAGAACUUUACUAAUCAUCGAUAGUUCUAUUGAAAUGACGAAUAUAUCAGAUACUAUUAUGCCUCAUGUUGAAUCAGUCAGACCAGACGCUAAUCCAAUCAGUCAAACAUUAUGGAUUGGACUUCAUCAAGAAAUAAAUCCAGUUCGCUUAGUAUGGGAUACAUGUGAUGAGUAUACUAUAAAUCCUAAUCAAUGGUCAACGUCAACUGGAAACUCAGAAGGUUGUGUGAUAUUUAACUCUACAGACAACACGUUUUCUAUACAUGCAUGUUCCAAUACUCAACCAUUCAUAUGUGAAGAUACGUCAAAUGAUGCUGGUGAUUGUUAUGACGAGCUUUCGAUUGAAUCAACAGAUGUACCCUCUGGGAUAGGGUCUAAUGAUGAUAUAGAUAAUACCGCAUCGUUAGAAGAAUGUGCUAAAUUGUGUUAUAAUGAUGGCAUGUGUUCAGCAUUUCAACGAAAAUUGGAAACUGGAAAUGUUAAGUGUUACAGGCACUAUUAUGAUAUAUCUGGUGGCGUAUCUCUCACGAGAACACCUCAGGUUGUUUUCAUAAAAAAUAUAUUCAAAUUAAAUGACGCAACUUCAUCCACCACACCGGUAAUAUCAAAUUAUUAUUGCCCAAUGUAUUCGUCUUCUGUAGUUCCAACGUCAUCAUCAUCAUACAUCAGCGAUAUAACAACGUCAACAUUGAGUGAAACUACACAUAUUGCAGUCUACAGCUCCGAUCCGACAAUGAUAUCAACUGAAUUACUCAGCAGUCAAACUACUACUUCAAGCAGUGGAGUUAUGACGUCAUCCCUUGUUGUGAGUGGGACAGCUUCGUCUACAUGCUACUGUCCCUGUUCUCUUACUGUUGCUAGUAGUUCUAUUACAACGGAAGAAUUACAAGCAAAAAUAGAUCAAAUACAGACAGAACUAACAGUUGACAGAAAGGAAACGUCAUCGUAUAAAAGAAAAUUAACGAGCGCCCCCGAUAACCGUGUUUCUGCUCAAAGCAUUGGAUAUGUUGGCGUAGUGAUAUUGACGGUUGUGAUAGGACUGCUUGUUAUAAUUGACAUUCCUACUCUUGUUAAGGACACAAGACACUUUUUUAAAAGGUGUUGUUCCUUGUGCAAAGGCAAAUGAGCAUAAAUGAGUCAUUUGGUAACUGCUAUAUUCAUUGUUUUGUGACCAGUAUUUUGCCUGAAUAAUGUAAAUACACCUUUAUAAUGUGACCUUAAAAAUGUCAAAAUGCGGGAGGUCGUCGGUUCGAUCCCCAAUCAGGUCAAACCAAAGAAUUGAAAAUCGGUAUUUGCUGCUUCUGCGCUAAGCAUGCGACAUUUAGAAGGGAGAGCAAAGACUGGUCGGCUCGCAUUCAGAUAGAUGUUUCCUGAGUGACAUGUCUUCCUGUGGACUGUUGCCUUCUGAACUAGCACGUUAAAACUCUGGCUCAGCGUGUUAGUCUAGUCAGGAACAGUCUAUACUAAAGUUAGUAUAGAAAGUCCCUGGUCUAGUAUAUAGUAGGUUUUACAUUCAUAUAAGAUUAACAUGUUUCGUCCUGAUAAAGCAUAUACUAUAUGCCACUGGACGUUAAACACUCAAUUCAAUUUUCAUCAUCAUUACCAUCAACAGAAACAAAUUGAGCCAAUACGAGCACCGAGCAUAGCUAACAUUUAUUACCCAAAACAAACUCAAGCAUAGAUAAAGUAUACAAAACCAAAAUAAUUUACUUCAGAAAGAUAAAAUAUGAGCGGUAUUAAUCAGCGAAGAAAGUGAUAGGUGGUAUACGGUGAAAACCCGAAGGUAAAUUUCCUAUGGAUAACUGCGCUUCGUUGUUCUAUUAAUAUUAAUUCAUUUAAUUUUGUGAACACUGGAAUAUUUAAUUUUGUUUAGUUACUAAUAAUUAGUAUUGGAAUAAAAAUUAGU